AGGGGCAGAAAGCCUUGAAGUGAGGACAACACGCUUCGUAUCGUCUUAUUUUCAAACACCUUCCGCUACCCUGUUUGCGGACUCUAUCGUCGCCGUACCAUGUUCCGCAAAAUCGCGACGCCUGCCUUGACGGGUGUGUCAAGUGCUUACACGCGUGCAGUCCCCUCUGUCUUUAUCACGGAGAGCAACGGGACCGCAACCAAUUCUGUACGCGCCGCGGUGUCGGUGUCUUUUCUUUCGAAUAAUCGCAGCAGCCGCGGAAUGUGCUCGCUUUGUACGUCGCAGCGCUGCUACAUUCACACCUCGCGUCUGGCCCGCGAUGACGCAGCGCAGCAAGCACCGCCGUCCUCGGACAACGCGACGGCAGCACCUGCAGCACCCGCGCCGGGUGCCGCAUCGGCCACGAACGAAAGCGCUCUCGAUGUUGCGAUGCGCGUGAACAAGCUGAAGAAGACGCACCAGACAGGCGGGGCUGGGUCAAACAAACAGGAGGUUGAGCAAGAGGCAUGGCAGGCGCUGAACUCGCUGACAGAGGAUCAGAUCAACAACGCGGAGGGGAAGGCGGUGUCGCUGCUGCUGAAUUCGUGGGCGUACUUCGCCAAAUUCUGGGCGAAGGGAAAGGACGGACCACUGUAA